GUCUAAAUAAAAAUUUCUUUAUAAAUGUUAUCUGACAUUACAAAUAUUAUUGUGUUUAAUUUGUAUGAAAGUUGAAGUUUUGUGUAAAGUUUGUUAUUUUAUUCAUUUUUUGUCAACGUUUAAUUAGUUUUAUCUAUAAUAUGAAGCUGUAAUUUCUGAAUUGAUGGACCAUGACCAUACUUUGUAAGACUGUGAAAUUGAAAACACACAUUACAUUUUUAUACAACUGUAUUUAAUAUUGAAUACAAAUGAUAUUGUUGGGAAAUAUGGAAAAUAGUCCUUAAGAAUGAAUUAUUUUACCUCAAGUUCAAGUAGUUUUUAAUAUAAUUUAACCUCUGUCAAUACUCAACAAUACACAUUAUUGACUCAGGAUGAUUAAUUUGUCGAGAAAAACAUUUAAUUUAUAAAACACUAUUUGUUGAAAUAUGCUACGUUUGCUUUUCUUGUGGUGAACACAGUAGAAGCAAUUUAUUGAAUGAUAGGAUAAGUUUACAAUGAAGAGCAAAAUUUGGAUGGUAAUAUUCUUGUUUACAAAAUCAAUAUAUGUUUACCACAGCUAUAAAUUCAACUCAGCUUUGAAGGAAACAUCACCACAGCUAACUGUUGAUAUGUUAUCCGGCUAUAUAAAUAAAACAUUUGGACCGGAACAGCAUUGUUUGUGGACAAUUAUCAACAAAAAAAAUUCGAGUGUAUCUUUAGAAACUAAUAUUUUAUAUAAAACUCUUACCGAUAGUUUUGUUAAAAGCACACUAAUGAUUACAGUUAUCAACUCAACGAAUAAAUUUAAACAUAAAGAAAAUGAACAAUUUUGUGCAGCUCUUGUGGUUAUUGUUAAAAGUGAAGUUGAAGUGGAGGACGCCGUAGAAGAGUUUAGACACAAUGAGGCCGAAAGGAUGUUACUGGUUAUUUUACGUUCUACGAAAUUUUCAUUAAAAAAAACGUACACCCCUGAGUAUUUCAAGUAUAAAGAUCUCAUUAUGGUUAUAGUUGAUUGGGAAAAAGAAACGGCAUAUCGAUUGGAUUUGUAUUAUAAAAAUCUCAUAAAAUUUUCUUUGAAACAAGAAAAUUGGUUUAAUUAUAAACUUAAUGGAGAAAGAAAAAUAAAAAAUUUCCAUGGUGCUAAAGUAAAAGUAUUUGCAUUUAAUAAUAGUUUAUUCAAUACCGUCGAUAAAAAUCCAAUUACUGGAAACUUAGAAUUGAUUGACGGCGUUGAAGGUUACUUGUUUAAUGAAAUAUCUCGACUUACAAACAUAAAAAUUGAAGUAAUUGUACCAAUAAAUAAUUCUGAUAAGUGGGGCAUAAGAUUACCAAAUGGGUCUUACACACUAGGGGCAACAAGAAGAUUACAAACUAAAGUGGUCGACAUUGCCCUUGCUUCAUUAUGGAUCGAAUAUUUCAAAAUUAAUUCUGUAGAAAUGUCUCACUACUGGUCGGAGGAAUGUUUAAAACUACUUGUACCAAAACCUCCGUUAACAAGAAACAAAUGGGAUUUAUUAUUCAAGCCGUUUCCAUUGAGUAUAUGGUUACUAUUAUUCGCAGUUACGUUGUUAAAUAUUUUAACCUUAUGGAUAGUUGCUGUUAUACAACGAAAAAUAAAAUAUAAGCACAUUGACGCUUUUACUUCACUAUCAUCUUCAAUAUUUUGGUUAUUGGGAAUCAUGUUUUUGGCAAGUUUUCCUGUGCAUACUCAUAGAUUAGGUCCAAUAAGACAUUUGCUAAACUGGUGGUGUAUCUUUAUAUUUAUAAUUGCAAUAGCAUUUUCUAGUGUUCUUUAUUCUUACAUUACUUCACCUGAAUAUACUAAUCUUGCGACAAGUAUUGAAGAAAUGGAGAAGGAAGAUUAUACUUGGGGUGGACUUAUCGACCACGCGACUUGGACAUUUGUUUUGAAAAUAGAAAAUCCAAUACAUAAGAAAUUCAGUGUUAGAUUUAUACCGGAAAAAAGUAUAGCUGAACGUAUUGAUCGAUUGGUAAAUGGAAAAUAUGCGGUUUGCACUAAAUUUAUUAACGGAAAAUAUUUUAUGGAGAUGCAAGAUUUACCACCAUAUCUGCUGAGUGAUUUAAGAACAUCAAGAGAAUGUUUGAACUCGUUUUAUAUUGGAAUAGGUUUUACAAAAAAUUCUCCGUUUUUAAAACCGGCUAACAUAGUAAUACGACAUUUAUUAGAAAGUGGUAUCAUUAACUAUUGGAUGAAUCGAAUUUUUGAAAAAAAACUGCCCUUAAAUACAUUUGAUCGAAUUUUCGAACAAAAACCAUUAGCCGAAAAGGAUAGUGGCCCAUCGCCACUCACUUUUGAUCAAUACAAAGUUGUUAUAGUUGUAUGGUUAAUCGGUUGCAUUUUGUCAAGUACAACUUUUAUUUUUGAAUUAAAAUAUGGAAAGGUUUGUGUUAAAGAUAAAAAAAAAAAAAUAUUGUCUCGUAAUAGUGAAAAAAUUCCAAAACUUUUUCAUGGAAGUGAAACUUAAUUUAUGUUAAUAAAAAUAUUAAGGAGCAUGAGAACAAUGUGCAUACUGUGCAAUUACCUUCUUGCUUCUUCCUUUUCCAUCUUGUUGCUAAAAGUUAUUAAUCUUUUAUUUAUAUACCGUAAUGGUAAAAUUAUUUUUAUUAUUAACAUUUAUUGUUAAUUUAUAAUUAUUUUAGACAUCGUCGUUUUGUUGUUCGGUAAGCAAGUAUGUUUUUUUUCGUUCCACUAUAAAGUUUUAUUAUUGUAAUAAUUUUAUUUUCUAUUUUUACUAUAAUCAAUAAAUAAAUUAUACAUAGACAUAAAACUAAUUUGUUAACUUAGGUAAAAUAAUUACAAAUUAUGAUUAUCAAAUAUAAACGUUUAAUAUAUUUUAAUGAUUAUUUUUUAUAAUUGAUUGACGGCGUUGAAGGUUACCUGUUUAAUGAAAUAUCUCGACUUAUAAACAUAAAAAUUGAAGUAAUUGUACCAAUAAAUAAUUCUGAUAAGUGGGGCAUAAGAUUACCAAAUGGGUCUUACACACUAGGGGCAACAAGAAGAUUACAAACUAAAGUGGUCGACAUUGCCCUUGCUUCAUUAUGGAUCGAAUAUUUCAAAAUUAAUUCUGUAGAAAUAUCUCACUACUAUCUUAGUCAAUAAAUUAUUGACAUAAAACUAA